AUGGCAGAGGCGGCAUCCGACGCGGCCGUGAACAGCGACGUGAAGGUGAAGAAGUCAGCUUUGGAGAAGGCGAUCCGAGCUAUCCUCCAGGUCGUCGCAAAGAAGAGCUCCAAUGCGAACCCGCUCUUCGCAGAGGCUGCAGAGACGAUCUACAUACAGCUGGCCCUCGCCAAGAUACCAGAGAAGCCCGGAAAGACGACGAUGAUCCCGCUGCCACAUCCUUUGUACGGUGAGAAGGCGGAGGCAUGCUUCAUUUCCAAGACACCGCAGAAGAAGUACAAGGAGCUCUUGCUGCAGAAGCACCCAGUGCCGGGAUUGACAAAGGUCAUUGGCGUGGAGAAGCUUCGAAAGAAGUACAAAGACUUAGCCCAGAAGCGGACCUUGGCCGAUGCGUUCGACCUCUUCCUCUGCGACAAGCGGGUCAUUGAGAUGAUGCCCCAGAUCUUGGGGAACGUCUUCUACAAGCACAAGCUGAAGGCGCCAGUGCCCGUCCCUUUGAGGGAGAACGGCGAAGAUCCCUCGAAGGAGAUUCGGAAGGCGAUCGGCGGCACGAAGUUUCGAGUCGUCCAGGGCCGCAGCGUCGGCGUCCGGUUCGGCCGCUGCUCGAUGGCCGAGGAGGAGCUCUUUGCGAAUGCCAAGGCGGUGAUUUCGGCGUCAAUCAAGCUCCUUGGUAGCCGAGGGCUGCUCCUUCAAGCGAUUACGAUCCAGGCCACAAAUACCAUCGCCCUUCCCAUUUGGAGAAGGACGGCUCCUGGAGAGGGAGCACCGGUGAACCUGAAGAAGUGGCGGGAGCAGAAUGCCAGCUCUGCUGCGUCGGACACCGGGGCCAGUGGUAUCAGCGACUCUGAAAUCACCGGGAGCGAGAUUAUCUCCGACGCCGGAGAGACCCUGAGCACCCGGGAUUCCAUGAGCGAGGUCGAGACUGCAGGGGACACGAUGAGCGAGGUGGACCCUUCCGGGGAGUCCCUGAGCGAGAUGGGAUCGGAAGCGGAGGUGGUCACUAAAGAGGACCUUCCCCUUGUGCAGGGCUUGAAGAAGAAGAAGAGGAAGCGCAUGGCGACUGCAUGA